CCACAUGCCAGGCCCAGGUGAUGAUGGGUACUCACUAACUGACAAACUGACACAUGGUGGGUGAAAACUAUUACCCUGGUGGGGAAAGUGUGUCUUCCAGACUCCUGACCCUAAACUACCUGAAUGCCUAGAUCAGAUCCUGUGGACAGGCCUGUGUGGAUUACCCGGUGCUGACUUGGUUCAGAAGGAAGAAACCUGUGCUACAGACAUGCCAUAUGGGCAGUGGUUGGACUCCAGCUGCCACACUCCUGACUCAGCUCCCUGCUCAUGUGCCUGGGCGAGAGGAGAAGAUGGCCCAAGUGCUGUGGAUCUACGCCCUUGUGGGAGACUCAGCUGAAGCUCCUGGCUCCUGACCUCAGCCUGGCCCAGACCUGCCUGUUGUCAUCUUCUGGGGAGAUUGGGCAUGGUCGCUGUGAGGGCCCGACGGGACCGUGAGCAAGCAGCGACAAUUGCCAAAUAUGAGCAGGGCCACCAAGGUGUGGCUCUAUCUGAGCCUGAAGAAGAGGAUGAUGACAGCGGCCGCCUCUUCCCAGACAGGCUUGGAUUUCUACAUGAGAAGAUGCUGCUUCAGGACAGUGUCCUGGGGACUAAGCAGAAACAGAUGGAAACUCGGAGACUCCAAAAGUGGGUCAAAAUGUUGAAGAAUUAUACCAAAUAUUGUGACAGCAAGAAGUUCCAUCGGAGAUGCUUCAAAGGAAUCCCCAGCCAGGUGCGGGGAAGCAUCUGGAUGCUAAUGCUUGAUGUGAACACAAAGAAAGCCCAGAACGUGGGGAAGUACAAGGCAAUGAAGGAGCAGUCCAGGCUGCAGUCAACGCUAUUCGACCAGAUCAACUGGCCUGUGCGAGGGAGCUUCCGAAAUCACCUGCUGUUCCAAGAACGCAAUGGAGCCAGGCAGCAGGCUUUGUUUGAUGUUUUGAUGGCCUACACCGUGUACAACCCUGAGGUGGGCUGUGGCCAAGGCCUGAGCCAUCUAGUGGCGCUAUUGCUGAUGUGGCUGAGUGAGGAAGACACAUUCUGGGCUCUGGUCCAGCUGAUGGAGAACAAAAAAUAUGCGAUGUCCGGUCUCUACACACGCGGAUCACCAAAGCUGAAGACACUGCAGAACCACCUGGGAGAUAUUGUGCACCACACCCUCCCGGCUCUCGAGCAACACCUGGAGCAGCAGGGACUCAACCUCCAGGACUGCACGGCACACUGGUUUACUCAGUGUUUUCUGGAUGUGGCUCCAUUCCCCCUGGCACUGAGGAUGUGGGACAUCUUCGUCCUGGAAGGGCAGCAUGUGCUCACCACCAUGGCCUACACGAUGUUGAAGGUUCACAGAAAGCGCCUGCUGAAGAUGACCAGGGACCACCUGCAGGAAUUCCUCCAGGAGAGCCUGAAGCAAGUCUGGACCCCGGGCGAUGACAUUGUCAUCAAGCAGCUCCAGGCCUCAAAGCAUGAGCUGCGGAAGCUGCACUGUCUCCUGCCUCCCCAAGCAAAGCCCAAUGAGUCCUGCAGCCUGUGUCUGGGGCUGCCACGUGUUUCUCUGGAGCAGAUGCCUCCUCCAAAGACACUGAAACCUUCCAAUAUUACUGCAGAGAGCUCAUGCGAGCAGAAUAGGGAGAUAACUUCUCACCCAGAGGGGACUGCUCAUCCUGAAAGUUCCUCUCUCCACAUGGUUUUGAAGAGCAGCCCAGAGGAUGAGGCUGAGAACUCUACAGAAGGAAACACCAAGGGCCGGGGCUCCGGCUCCUGUGGGCUGACCUCCGAGUCCGGGCGCAGUGAGUGUGGGACCGCCUUCCGCUUCCGGCGGUGUGCGUGCGGGCGUGAGGAGGAGCAGCAGUUGCGUGCGAGCGGCUCAGUGGCGCGGGCUGUGCGGGCGUGCGGGGAAGACGCGUGUGGGCGCGGGGCGGGCGGCGCGGGGAGCCCUCCCGCGGGCCUCGAGGGCGGUCCUUGCAGCAAGCGCCUGGCGAGUGGAAAGUGGACACUGGGGACCUGCUGGAGAGGGGACUCCGGAGAGGUAGUUUUGAGUCAGUCCCUUGUGCAACCCUGA